CACAAACUCACCGGAAGCGCGGCUCCAACGCCCCCGGGAGAUCGGCCGGGCUGCUGGGUGACCUGGCUGCCCUGCCCGCCGAUCUGAGAGCCCUUAAGCGGGAUCUUGUCCGCGGGGAAUGGUAUCUGGAGCCCGCAAACUGCCGCCUAAGCGCGUGCUGUGAAAGGAAGUGCUUCUCUGAUGACCAAUCAGCGGCGAGAAGCCGUUUUAACGUCCCUCCCUCUUCCACCCCUCCUUCCCCGCUCUCUGGUUUCUACCCCCUCCUACUCCCUUCGGCUCUACCGGGUUCGACCCUUCCUGGACACCGUCGUCCGCGUUCUCGUCUUGGAGUCCGGCCGCGACCUCUUUUGGCAGUAUGGCCAGCUCAGAGGCUGAAUGGGUAACAAUUGCCAAUAACCUUCUUUUUAAAUGUCACAUACACCUGAGGAUACACGAACUUCAAGACUGUGAUGCUAAUGUUUUUAUUGCCCUUUAUCAAUCCAUUUUGGGAGAAAAGGUACCAGACCUCAUUGUUAUUCCCAAGAAUCAAGAAGACGAAGCCCACAAUGUACAAGCAGUAAUCGAUUCACUAGCUUUGGAUUACCUUCAGGUCAGCCUGUCUCAUAUAACAGGAGAAAACAUAGUGAGAGGGGAUAAGGAAUCUAUCAAGAACCUCCUAGAAAUAUUUGAUGGAUUGCUGGAGUAUCUGACAGAACACAUCAGUGAAUCGUCUCACAACAAAAGUGAAACUGAACAGUACUCUAAAGACUUUCCUGGAGAAGAACCUGUGGAAGAACUAGACAGUAUCAAGGAGUCCAAGUCUUCAUGGAGAAAAGUUUCUUUUACGAGGUGUCCCUUCUCAUCGGAUACUUUGGGUCCCACCUGGGAUGAAGAGGAAGCUGAGUCCACAGGUGAAAUAAUUAGGCUCGGAGACACUGCACACACCUUUUCCCUCAGAAGUAAUGGUGCUCAAAAUUCCAUGGACUUACGGUCUAGAAAAGCCUUGGCUUCACCAGGCAUUAAGCCACCUGAGGAAAUGUUGAACCCUGACUCAUCAGAUUUUCUACACAAGAAUGGACCGCCUUGUGAGGAAGCAGAAACUCCGCCUAUGAGCAUGGUUCCAAGUGCCAGGAAACUAGGUGAGCCGAUCCGAGCUGCUAUUCCUUUGCAUCCUCCCUACCAUCCUUCUGAGCCCAGAGCACCCUGUCCCAUAGGCAAAGAAUACCUCUGGUCAAGUCACUACUUGUCUGCGCUGACUUCUGGAGAGCACACGGCACCUUCUGUGGAACCAGAUGAUGUUUUCUUAACUUCUACCUUAUAUAAAGAUGAUGAUCAGGAAACACGUCUAGCUCUGACUGAAGGCUCCAGGACAAGGAAGCUUUCUAAAGGAGAAAGAGAUGAAAACAGAGCUGUGAUCCCUUCAGAGUAUCUACCUUUCCCUCAGAAGGCCAGGAAGCGGUUAACGGAACAAGAACUGCAUGCCGUGUCAGAGAAACUCUCACAGCGGCUCUCUGAACUGGACUGGAUGUUAAAAACUGCACUGGGUGAUCGAGCAACAGACGAGACUGAUGGUAAAGAUGCUGAUGCUGCAGAUGAAGAGGUGCACACUGGGAGUGAGGAGAUGCUAUCGCAGCACAGUGACAGCGUCAUGGAGUAUGGACCAAAGAAGCCUAGGCCAGGAUUUUCAACGUACAGAAAGGCACCUCACAGGUCCCAUUCGCUGUCACCAUCUUCAAUGAACAAACACAGACAAUUAGAGAAAGAGAGAAAAAGGCAGCACAAAUCUAAAGGGACAGACUCACGCCAUUUCCAAGCAAAGGCAUUAACUGAAGCAUUUGAACGGGUACUAAGAAAAAAUAAAGUUCAAGAGAACGUUGGACUUCGAGGGAUAAGGGAGGAGGAGGAAGAAGAGGAAAUAGAAAAGUCACACAGGGAAGCCUUUCCGAAGAGAACUUCAAAACGGAGCCAGGUCCAGAAGAUUUAUUCCGGAAAAACUGCAGCUCCAAGUCCAAAAGGUGGUGGCCUUCUGAAGUCAAGCAAGGCAUCUCCAAUGAAAGUAAAGGAGCACAGUCUUCUGUCCCUGAUGCUAGAACAGUUUCCAUUUCUCUAUGUUUCUGACCCAACACUAACCAAAAUGUGGAAGCAGCAGAUGGCACAGGUUGAACAGCUCAAAAGGGAAGCACAGAGAGAGAACCGAUCCAAGAAGAAACUCCAGGAUGAAAUAGAAGAAGCCCUGAGAAGGCAUGACCUCCUUACUGCUCUUGUCAAGAGAGAAUAUGACCAUAACAAGAGACUGCAAGACUUCAAGGACCGAAUUCACAGACAAAGGCUGACCCAAUCAAAGAUAAAAGAAAAUCGUCAUCAAAGUGUUCGUGCCCGAAAAUAUUACGAUGAUUACAGAGUUCAGCUACGUGCAAAAAUGAUGAAGAUGAGAACCCGGGAAGAAAUGAUCUUUAAGAAACUGUUUGAAGAAGGUUUACAAAUUCAGAAACAAAGACUACGAGACCUAAGAAACUAUGCCAAAGAGAAACGCGACGAAGAAAAGAGACAGCACCAGAAUGAGCUGGACUCAAUGGAAAACUACUAUAAGGACCAGUUUUCAUUGCUGGCGGAAGCCAUCUCACAGGAACGUCAGGAACUCAAAGCAAGACAGAAAUCCCAGGCUCAGACAUUACAUAAGGUGAAGAGGGAGCUGAGGGCUAAAAUGGAGAAGGAAAUCCAGCAACUGCAGCACAUGAUAACGCAGAACGACGAUGAUGCUUUCUUCCGGGAACUAGAAGCUGAGCGCUUCAAAGCACGGCUGCAGUUGGCUUCCUUCCAGUACAGUAAAAACCCUUUCCCAAGAGGCCAAACUUCAUAGGUGAUGUUUCCAGACCCCUUAAUAUGAACAGAGCUAGACCUGAGCCAGUAAACAGUCUAAACAAGAACAUGCCUUAUUUAUGUAUUCAUGUUAAAACUUAGAAUUUUUUUAAAAUAAAAACUUUUUCUUAAAGCUUA